CUUCGCUGCCUUAAAACACGAAGUCUAAGCCCCAGUUGGAUUAUUCUCUUCGAUUUCCCCAUUUUUAAUUUUCUUCCGGUCUUUUCAUAGUCGCCUAAUUUCUUCCCUCGAUCGUCGUAAUUCUUUCGGCCCAAAUGAGUCCGGUGAACAGUCUCUGGUUCAAGUGGAAGAGCCUUCGAUUACCGUGGCGAAAAUCCUUCCUCGUCGGAUCGGAUCUAUCCGGAAACACCUUCUGGGAAUUCAAGGACGCCCUGAACGCUACGCGCUACCGACGAAUCGUCAAAUUCAACCCCAAAACUCACUACGCUGAUGUCCAAGUCAGCCCACAAUGGCACCAAUGGCUGCGUUACGUCCGCGCCGAACCUCCAUCCGUUGAAGAACAACAACAAGACAUCAUCCGCCAACUCCAAAUCAAACAACUCGCCAAACUAGCCGAUGAACGCUGGGCCAGCAAACCCUCCUACCUCGACAUGCCGCAAACUCAGCAACCGAAGCCCGCGACUCAAUCUGCCGAUGCGACCUCAAAUUCAUCCUCGCAGGCCAAUAACGCCCAAGCCGAUACCCCCGAUGCAAAAGAAGUAGGCCGUGACGAAGUACCAACCGCGAAAAAGGACCCCUGGGCCGCAGCAGCAGCAACUCCCAGCGAAGGCUGGCAGCCGAAAGCCUGGUCUCCGACGACGUCGCAGAGAUGAAAGAGGACGGGAUAGAAAUUAUGGUUGUCGAUCUUUAUCUCGGCGGUGGAUUAUCUGCGCUCUUUGGGCGGGUCGGGGGUCAUGGCUGUCGUGUUUUGCGAUUGAGCGCCGUCGGUUUUUUUGGGGAUCGGUUUACUCUGUGUGGGGCUUGUUAUAGGCUUGGGUAGCUUCGUUGCAAGUUGAAUGGCGCUUUUUGGCCGUCUGGAACUUGAGGCGCGAUGUCACGGGCGGAGUUUAGGGAUGUCUAUGAUGGCUAUGAAAGCCUUUUGGUCCUUUUGGGUGCUAUUGCGCUUAUUAGAGAUUUGGACGAUAUCCAAUCAUUGGCUCCGUGCUCUAUACAUGUAUUAUAUGAGAUCUCUGACCUAUUUCUUGUCGGUGUAUGUACAAUAGAUAUGCUGGGGGUUUUUUUUUUCAUAUGUGGAUGCAUGAGAUUUGAUUACAUAAGAUACUAAUAAACAAAUAAAUAAUCAGAGCAAAAAUAAAUUGAAAGAGGGAUGAUACUGGUGUGGAUGAAAC